AUGGAGGGCCUGCUCCGCCAGUUUGCCGACUCCUUUCCGCAGCUCUGUCAGCUGUACAGCAUUGGCAAGUCGGCGCAGGGCCGCGAACUGUGGGUGCUCCUCGUGACAAAGAACCCCGGCGAGGAGCCGCUGCUGAAGCCCAACUUCAAGUACAUUGGCAACAUGCACGGCAAUGAGGCAGUCGGCCGCGAGCUGCUGCUGCACCUGAUCGAGCACCUGAUCGCCGGGUACACCGCCGGCACUGAUCCCUACGUGAAGCACCUGCUGGAGAACACGCGCAUCCACAUCAUGCCCACCAUGAACCCGGACGGCUUCGAGUCGGCCAUUGAGGGGCAGUGUCUGGGCGGGACGGGCCGCUUCAACGUCCGCGGCAUUGACCUGAACCGAAACUUUCCCGACCAGUUUACCAUGAGACGGGAGCAGGAGCAGGAGGAGGUGGCGGCGAUUCGCGGCUGGGUCGAGCGCAUUCCCUUUGCCCUCUCGGCGAACCUCCACGGCGGCGCCCUGGUCGCUAGCUAUCCCUAUGAUAAU